AUGACUACUGGAGAGAUGACGAUCGCAGAGAUGAAGGCGGCUUACGAGAAAGCCCAAGCCGAGCUAGCCCAAGAGAGGGCAUCCAAUGAAACCCUCCAGAAAGAGCUCGAAUCUGUAAAGAGCAACAAGCACCAGUCCCGCUACAAAGGUGGGAAGCCAAAAAAGCUAACGUUCGAGAUGCCCGAUGACUUUGAAGAUGUGACCGACGAUGAGGAGGAAACCCGUGAGGAAGAAGACAAAGAAGCUCCCGAUCCGGUGACCCAACGCCUGAACAAGAUGGAUGCACGCAUGACAAAGCACUAUUCCCGCCUGAUGAAGUUGAUGACCAGGUUCCCCGGGGCACCUACACCAGUGGAGACCGAGCCGACCGACGGGUAUGCCGCGUCGCCGUUCUGCGAAGCGAUCGCUAGAGUGAUAGUUCCGCACACACUCCGGCUCCCAACCUGGACCACCCUGUACGACGGGACAUCCUACCCCUAUAGGCACGUCAACUUCUACAAGCAGCGCAUGUGGCAGAUCGGGAUUCCGCACGACCUAGUGGAACCUGUUAUGUGCAAAUCAUUCGGCGGCACUCUUGAUGGAGCAGCUUUGGAAUGGCUCACGAACGUCCCUCCCAGAUCCAUCUCCUGUUUGUCCGACCUCAUCAACGCCUUCUAUCAACAAUUCGCCAGCAGUCGCCAGUUAGAAAAACAAACCAGUGAUCUCUAUCGGACUGCUAUUGAGGCGUUCAAGAGAGGCCUCAUCCCCAAUUCGGAGCUAUACCGGGAAAUAACCAAAUACCCCUGUGCAACUUUCGAAGAGGUGCGAUCAAGGGCCACCGCCCAGAUGCGAAUCGAAGACGACGAGGUUAUCCGAACAGCAUCUCAACGAUCAAUAGGGGGCAGCAGCGACAGAAGAUCGUACACCCCAAGGAACAACAAUUGGCGACACCAACCAUAUGUUCGGCAAAACCAGGUACAAAGUGUCAAUCAGUAUUAUGAUACUAACAAUGUUUACAGGAACGAGCGGGUCGAACACCCUAACAUCUCCGACUACGGCUUCAACGUCGACAUUGGAGGUGUGGUGAACGCCCUUCAAAAUGUAGGUGGAACAGUCAGAUGGCCCCGGAAGAACGACAGACCGGACUCCAUGAAGGACAUGAGCAAAUGGUGCGACUUCCACCGUGACAACGGACACACAACCGAGGAGUGCAUCUCCCUCCGAAAGGAAGUCGCGUACCUCCUGAAACGGGGGCAUCUAAAGGAACUGUUGAGCGACAAGGGAAAAGAAACAUUUUCCAAAGAGCAAACCACCCUGCCCGGCCCAGCGACAAGCAGCGAGCGACCAGACCCACCACCAUUCAGUAAAGUGGUAAAUGUUAUUUCCGGUGGUUCAGAUAUUUGUGGACUAACCUCUUCUGCAGCUAAAAAAAUUAACAGGGGAGAAUCUGAGACCGUAGAAGAGGGACAAACCGACGACGAGGUCGGACUACACAGGUCCCUGACCGCAAUGGCUAUCACUUUCGACGAUUCAGAUUCUGUAGAUACACAGCGGGAGUGA